AUGCCACAUCAUCAUCGAGCAUCCUCCCUCCGCCAAUCCAAUAAAGCAUUCAAAUCCAAACACGCCACCAAAACUUGCCUGCGAGAAGCCUCUAAAGGUCGAUCCGCGUCUGACGCCUCUUCCCACACCUCCCGUCUCUCCUCACAUAAAUUCUCGCCUCUGUCCGCCGCUGGGAAUGAGAGUGGUUCGCGACAACAUAGACGUAAUCAUGCCAAGCAGACGCAGAUGUCCAAGAGGAAUGCCUUGAUUCAGUCCAACCGCAUCUUUUCUAGCGCUCGUCUGCGCGGCUUGCAGAGCGAAGGGCAAGAUGGGUUGGGAAAAGGGUUUGCUGGCGCAGGUGCCGGUGCGCCUAGGAUUUGUGCCGUGGUUGAUUUGGCCGAGGAUGGAGAUAGUUGGGAGGCUGUCAGGAGGAUUCAAGAGGAGGGAGAGCAGGGUGGCGUCAAGGCGGUGGAGGGGAGAAGUGUGGAGGAUGCGUUGAGCGAGGGUAAGGCCUACUGUGAGUUGGAAGCGGUUAGGUUUAGACAGACGAUUCAGUUUUUACCCUUGCCUUAUGGUGCCUUGUAUCCGAUUCUGGAUGCCUGUAAAUGUGCCGAUUUCGUUCUGUUGGUGCUCUCCGCUAGUACUGCGAUCGACCCAGGAUCUUGGGGUGAGCUGUGUCUAAGGACGUUGCAAGCUCAAGGUUUGCCGACCGUACUAGUUGCUGUUCCGACUCUAUACCCGGACGGAGCCACAGGUGUGGGGGGAAGCAAGAGAGCAGGUGCCGCACUCAAAGCGGCUAACGAGGUACGAAAGUCUUUGCUCAGCUUUGCGCACUAUUUCUCGCCAGAUGUGGACAAGAUCCAUGCGUUGGACGAUAGAGCUGAACGUGGAGCAUUGAUACGCACUUUGGCCACCGCUACACCCAAACGUGUCGCUUGGAGAGAUUUUAGAGCUUGGAUGGUAAGCGAGGCUGCUGACUGGCAACCCGACCCCUCCUCCUCUCCUAGCGAGAUGCAAAACGGUAACAGCAAUGCAGAGGCUUACCAAGAAGAUCAAGACAAGGGAACGCUCGAAAUCCAAGGCUGGAUCCGAGGAGCCCCACUCUCCGCUGACCGUCUCAUCCACCUUCCCGACUUUGGUGAUUUUGAGGUUGACCGAAUCACCUAUGCGCCUCCACCCAAUGCACGUACGAAACGGAGCAAAGCCAGCGCUACCACCGCCUCUGCCGAUGGCCAAGAGGCUGCGAUGGUGGAUGCAGACAAGCCUGCCGAAGAUGUCCCUCUCGUCGCUGGGGAUGUAUUGCAAAGCCGCGAGGAAGAAUUCGCCGACGAUCUCGUCUCGGAAAACGAAGCGGAUGAUAUGGGAAACGAACAGACUUGGCCAACAGAAGAAGAAAUGAAAGCUGCACAAGAAUACGCGCAAUCCCGCGCAAAUGGUGAAAUGCCCCCUCCUGCUCUUCCUGGUACGACGCCCAAGACGAUCGUCAAAGGUGGUGGCUCGCGGGAUGCGAAGGAUAAUGCAAAGUACAGGGCCGCCUGGAUUAUUGAAUCGGACGAAGAAGACUCCGGUGAUGAUGGGAUUAGUGAGGAAAAUGAGCAGGACUUGGAUUCGGUCAUGGCAGAUGAAGGGGAGGAGGGGGAUGCAGAAGUGAAUCAGGCGAUUGAUGACUACGAGAGGAUGAAGGCAGCUGCGAUCGCACAACAAUCCGCGGGUGAGGAUAUGCAAAGCGAAGCAGGUGAUGAGAACAUGGACGACGCUCAAGCAGCCGCCGAUUACCAAGCCUACCAAGCUCAACGUCAACGCGAGAAAGAUGAACGACUCGAUGCUCAAUUCCCCGACGAGGUUGACACUCCACUUGACAUGCCAGCUAGACAGAGGUUUGCUAGGUAUCGAGGAUUGAAGAGCUUCCGAACUUCACCUUGGGAUGCUUAUGAAGACUUGCCACGGGAUUAUGCUAGGAUCUUCCAGUUUGAAGAUUUCCAUAAGACAAGAAGGAGGGUCGAAGGUGCAGCGUUGCUUGAUGGAGUUCAACCUGGAUUGCGCGUUACUGUUCACAUUAGACAUGUUCCUCGUGCAGCUGCUGUCAGAGCCAGAGCGACUAGUCUGGAGGAGGAUUUGCCAGAGGUGAAAGUAGCUGUACCUUUUGUUUUGUUCGGGUUGUUGCGCCACGAACACAAGAAGAGCGUAAUCAACUUGACCGUCACUCGUAACAGCGAGUACGAAGAACCUGUACGAUCCAAAGACGCUCUCAUCCUCUGUCUCGGCCCACGUCGGUUGAACAUCAAGCCGAUCUUCAGCCAACAUACGCGCGGAGGAGGGAAAGGAGUCAACAAUGUGCAUAAAUUCGAACGAUUCCUUCGUCCAGGAGUCUCUGCUUCGGUCGCUACGAUCUAUGGGCCGAUUACAUUCGGUGGUUCUACAGCUCCUGCCGUUCUCCUGCGAUCUCGAUCACUGGAUGGGGAAUUUGGAUACGAUCAGCGAGGUGUUUCUGCUUCUCAAAUGCCUCAUCUCGUUGCAUUCGGUAACUUGAUCGAUGCUGGUCCAACUCGGAUCAAUGUUAAGCGCAUUUUGCUUAGUGGACAUCCGUAUAAGGUGCAUAAAAAGACGGCUACCGUUAGGUUCAUGUUCUUUAACCCGGAGGAUGUGUAUUGGUUUAAACCGAUCACUUUGCAUACUAAGUUGGGUAGGACAGGUCAUAUUACUGAGAGUUUGGGUACGCAUGGAUAUUUCAAGGCUCACUUUGAUGGGCCGAUUAGUCAGAUGGAUACUGUCCUGAUGAAUUUGUAUAAGAGGGUCUAUCCGAAGUGGGCCAAGAACUUCGAUGGCGGUUAUGGCGGUCUGCCUUUGCCGAGGAGGGAGGUGCUCGGUGGCGACGAGGAGAAGGAGGAGAUGGAGGAGAUGGAGGAGAUGGAGGAGUGA